AUAUGACUCAACUGUACAUUAAUUAUACCGAACAACCCGUUAUGACAAGUUUAUAUAUUGGAAAGUUAAUGUUCAAUGCUAGCGUCAGUAGUUAUUCGUUAGUUAUCAAACAUAUGUGUUUUAUAAACUUUAUCUUAUUUUGUUACCAAAACGAUGUGGGACUCUUUUGAAAAACAAACUCAAUCAAAAUAAUUUUUUCUUAGUUUGAUAUGAUGAGAAAGCAAGAGCUUAGCCUAGUUUUGAUAACAUUAGCUUGGGGAUUUUUGUCAUCUGCAUGGACCAUGGUUUCCUUACCAUGGUCUUUUGUACAGAUUGGGUGGAUUGCUGGCCCUUUGAUAGUUUUAUGUUUUGCCUUGGCUACCUUCUACACAACCCAUCUUCUUUUCAAGAGUGAGUCUGUUAGUUAUCUUGAUGCUGUUAGAGUACACUUGGGAGAUUCCAGAGUGAAGUUUUAUAAAUUUUUUAUAUACUUUAACCGUUUUGGUGCUGCAAUUUCUUCUACCAUUUCUGGUUCUACAUGUAUUAUGGCAAUCAUCAGAUGCAAUUGUUUGCAUAGAAGUGGGGGAGAUGAUCCUUGUCAUAUCAAAGGAAUCAUUUACAUGAUUUCCUUUGGUAUUUUGGAAAUCUUUCUCUCCCAAAUUCCAGAAUUGGACAAGCAGUGGUGGUUCUCUGUAUUUGCUGCAGUGAUGUCAUUCUCUUACUCAACCAUUGGCCUUGGCCUUGGUGUGAGUAAGAUUAUAGAAAACAGGGGAGAUAUCCAAGGAAGCUGGACUGGAAUUGACGUGUUACCCAACCAAAAAUUUUGGAGAGUUUUUGCUGCUGUAGGAAACAUUGCAUUUGGAUAUUCUUACUUCCAAAUUUUGAUAGAAAUUCAGGAGAAAAUGAAAUCCCCUCCACCACAGUCAAAAUCAGUCAAAACAGCUAUGUUAAUCAGUGUUGCCGUUACAACAAUGUACUACUUGGCGUGUGGAAGUUUGGUGUACGCUGCGCUGGGUGAAAACAGCCCCGGAAAUCCGCUAAUGGAUUUCGAUUUUGGAUUCCGAAAUCCGUUUUGGCUAUUGGACGUAGCAAACGGUGCAAUCCUAUUGCAUUUAGCAGGGGUUUAUCAAACAUACUCUCAGCCGAUUUUCUCAGCCGUGGAGCAAACGGCGGCUCGGCUAUUCCCGCACAGUUCAUUUGUCAAUGCGGAAGUGAAGAUUUCAAUCCCAAUGAUGUCUCCUCCUUUGAGAAUCAAUGGCUUCCGGUUGGUUUCCAGAACCGCUUUUGUGGUGGUGACAACCCUCUUUUCGACGAUCUUCCCCUUCUUCACUGAUGUUGGGGGGCUGAUAGGAGCUUUGGUAUUCUGGCCGUUAAACAUGUACUUUCCGUUGGAGAUAUAUAUUGCAGAAGACAAAAUCCACAAAUGGUGCAGAAAAUGGAUAUUUCUUAAGAUGCUUAGUACUCUGUUUCUCCUUGUUUCGAUAGGAGCUGCAGUUGCUUGUUUUGCUGCAGUUAUUACCGAUUUGAUGGUUUACAAACCAUUUAGUUUUUCGAUAUAAAUUAAGUAUUAGUUUAAUGUAUAAUUAAUUAGUUUGCAUUUGGUAUGAGGUAUCUCUAUGUAUGAUUAUUAUUGCAAUUCUAAUGGAAUUUAUAGUUUGCUUGUUGA